CCAAAAGGUUGAACAGAAUAGAACCGAUAUUGAGGAAUACCAGAAUAUGGACAUUGGACUUAACACACCAGGACACCAGGUUGAGUUUUUCAUAAUAAUAUUGUCCUGUGCCUUGUGGAUUGUCUCCAUGGAAGAGGGGAUUUUGCUCACGUUUAAAAGGGCAAGUGCAAUGAGGACUUUGACUUGUAGUGCCUAAAGCACAUGUUUUCUAGAAGAGAAAAGCGUAACCCAGAUUGGUCACCUAGUGACAUACAUGUAAUGAUAUCGCCCAAGCUCCAAGAGUCGGAUUUGUACAUUUUUUAAGCAUUGUCAUGCCUGGAUAUUAACGGUGAACUUUUUCAGGGAGUCACAAAAACAGCAAGUCUGGUCCGAGCCAAUGUGGCUCAUCAGGCUGGUGUUUGUCUCCAGUUUCCUUGGCAUGAAACAACCGAGAAUAUUUCUCUUCCCCCCUGGAUGGGAUGCCAGUCCAUCACAGGUUGCUUCCCCAACUGAUGCUGAUACCCAUUUAUUCUACCAAGUGGAGAGAGGCAAGCACGGGUGAAGUGGCUUGCCAAGGGCCACAACAUACUUCCAGCAGCUGGAUUUGAACCUCCAACCCUUUGAUUGGAAGUCACAGAGCCAAACCACUUGGCUACAUGUCCCCCUCAGUGAGUCAUAAACGAUCUGUAAACAAACCAUGUUUUUUUCUGUAACUUUGUAUGAAAAGAUGUAACUGUUACUCUAUCAGCUUUGUUUAUAUUGUGACAUUAUGCUUUACCGCAGGAUUUUACAAUCUGUUUUGAUACAGGUAUGAAAGUUGUCCAAGGCCAAGCAAAGAAAAUUUUUAUGUUUCUGGUUACCCAACCCCACAAGGAAAUUCACACAAAAUUUAUAUAUCUUUUUAUUUGAAAACUUGGAAACUUAAAAUACCAAUCCAGAACAUGUCUUUGUGGGGAUUUUCUUUUCUUUCCUUCUUGUGUUUAUUUGUUUAAGCUUGUCACCUUAAAAACGCACCCUGCUCUUGUGUGUUUAUCCCCACAGCCACUUUUGUCUAAAUCUAGCUUCCCCCAAUCCUUCAACCAGUAAUUGUACAGUACAGAUUUGUAGUACUUACCCAAACAUUUUGAUAGUGUCAUCAUUGCCUCUUGGGAACUGUUUCAAAUGUUCAUAGAGAAAUUAAUCAACUGUCCACCCUAAUAUAUUUGCCAAACGAAAAAUUAGAGGAAACAAAAAAGAGUCCAGCCACUUGCCCCCUCAUUAUUUUUCCAUGUGGUCGGAAACACAUCUGUUUUGUCCCUUUGUUUUUAGCCUAAACUGCUGUGUCUGGCAGUAGAGCUGUUAUGACAUGAGUGUCCCAAUUGUUGGACCCAAAAUGGUGGAAUAUGAGUCAGUAGACAUGGACAAUCAGCACAAAAUGGCUGCAUGCUGUACUGCACACAUAAUGAACAGCCAUUUUGGUUCCAAAGUUGGCGCCACUCUCUGGAUGUACAUGUACAGCUCUGAUGACUAUGACAUGACGCUGCCAUUCUCCUGUCAUCUGUGCACUGUCAUAACAUUCACAUACCAUGUGACUAGACUACACCUUGUAAUCCUUGUGAUUAAACCUUGGUGCCAAGGUUUAGGAGUUGUGGGAAUGUACAAUGGACGUGAAACAAGUGGAGACUGCAAUUUGCUGACCAGUUGAGUUUGUCAUUAAAAUCCUAACCAACUAGAAUGAGUGGAAAUCACAAUGACAAUGGUAGAUUGACGAUUCUUUGUUUUCACUUCUGUUGCGCUCAAAAGUAGUUUCUAACCUUGAAAGAAAAGUGUACACUCUUAUGGAAGAAUUUGUUCAUACUGUGUCUUAACUGUUUCUUUGAGCAUUGGUGCAAAAUGACGAUGAUUUCCUUUGCGAUGUUUCUAUUUUAUCGCAUAAAAACUGAUGAAAUUGUCAAGUUAAAAGAAAAACAUAAUUUACUUGAGCAAAUACUUUAUUAUUUUUGAAAUAAUGGUUUUUUUUUGUAAAAUCACUGUGUUGAGUAUGUAUGAUGAGAAUAUGUUAUCCUUUGUCUUACUACUCCUGUUUGUCAAACUGUAGGCAUGUAGACUUUUUCUGAUACAUAAACCACAGAGUGAACCAUUAGACCUACUUAUAUUUAUCAGAGGUGAGGGUGCUGUUAGCUAAUGCACAUGUAUUAUUCCCUAAUAAACAUAACUGCUAACUUAAUAUGUGCCCAGUUGGAUGGACAUUUGCAUGUAGAGCACAUAACAGAAAGUUCAUGCAUAGACAUUGUGGGUUGGAUGGGCUCCAGAGAGAUUUAGUUAUUGAAAAAAAAAACAAAAGGGAAAGAAAAGGAAACAAGUGGAUUUAACUUGCCAGUUUGUUUGACAUUGCUUCAGAACUGAUCCUUUCCACUUUGACAUUGCUUCAGAACUGAUCCUUUCCACUUUGAUAUUGCUUCAGAACUGAUCCUUUCCACUUUGACAUUGCUUCAGAACUGAUCCUUUCCACUUUGACAUUGCUUCAGAACUGAUCCUUUCCACUUUGACAUUGCUUCAGAACUGAUCCUUUCCACGGUUGAUAGCCUGUCAGCACUCCCCCAGCAACUCCCUCUUCAAGUUUGAUUUUUUUCUGCUUCUCUCUUCCUUAUUAUAAGUUACUUCUAAGUACUUGUGAUAAGUUAACUAUGAUAAGUUACUUACUCCAGUUGGGUACAGUAAAUUGAGUAAGUGUUAUAAACAGCAAACUUCAAGGAGUUUUAUGAUGGCAAUGGUCAAUUGGCAACUCAAAAAAUGAAUUGAGAUUAAAAUAACAUUCACAAACUUUCUUAAGAAUCCAAUUAUUUUGUCAAUUCUGUGUAAUUUAUCAAAGCCAUUGUGAGAAAGAUUUUGAUUAAAAUUUAUUUUUGAAUAAGGGGGGCAUUUGAAUGAUAGAUACGAUUGAGUGAAGAUUAUUGUGUGAAUUUUCUUUUGUUGCAGUUGCUAUAGGUAACAUAAAGAUAUUUAAUUUCUUGUUCUGAGAUUUUUAACUGACUCAUUAUAUUUGUUGAGGAGAAGUGCAUAUUGUGCUUUAUACCGACAGGUGUUUUUUUAAAUUUAGUAUAAUAUAACAACCUUUUGCAAUAUUUCAUUGGAAGUAAUUACUAAAAUUUGCUUUGAGCGGACUUGGGCACAUGAUGCUGACAUUGUUUAAAUUUUUCUGUUUUGGAUUUGGUAGUUUUGUGCGGCAAUGUAAGUUAUUUACCAGGAAAAAAAAUAUAUGUGUAAGUUUUCAAGUCGAAGCGUCUGGCGCUGAGCUGGCGUUGCAAUUUCAUGAGGGCGCUAUUCAGGUUUACAUUUAGUCGAGUCGCGGAGAGUCCAGUCGCGCGAGCUCCCGCGGCCCGGGGAAAUCCCUAAAAGUACUAUAAAAUUUUCUAGGCCCAAUUUCCGGCGUAUCAUUGGCGUUGUUCAUCUCCACGGAACGGUAGAUCUCCAGCACCAUUAUGGCCAGCUCUAUGGAAACUGCAGACUUGAGUAUUCUUUCUGUUGACUGUAGUGACGGAGACAACCCCUACAUUAAUCUGUAUGCCUGUAAACCAGAGGAAGUCUUCCGAUUGGUUGCUAAACGACUUGAUGCCCACUGGGAGCCCAUAGCAACAUCUCUUAGCAUCUUAAAUGAGGACAUUGUAACCAUCAAGAAAGAAUACACAGAGCUAGAUGAGCAGAUCUUUCAGAUGUUUGUGAAGUGGAAAUCUGCCAGUGGUGUAAAAACCACUGAGGAAAUUUUGAAGGUGUUAACAACUGCCCUUUGGAAUAAUGGCAGAAGAGAUUUAGCUUCAGAACUUGAAACAGGUAAAUGGCAAAAGCCUUCUGAGCCCGUUAUACAGACUAUGUCAAGUGGAAAACCUCAAGGUAAUCCAAGUGUGGGCGAACAAGUGCUGCGAACGUUGUCAAAGAAAGUUGCAGGAGACAUGGAGACGCUGGCCACGUGGCUUGAUGUGCCCUGUGAACGCGUCGAUAAAAUCAAGGAAAAGUAUCGGAAGGUGAAUGAGCAGACUUUCCAGAUGUUGGUAUGGUGGCAACGGAAUAACCCAAAUGUCAACCACCUGGCCUUACUGGAAAUUGCACUGAAGAAAACAGACAGGCAAGACCUAGCAUCCGACUUGAAGAAUGGAACCCUGAUGAGAGACAAUUAGACACCAAGACCAACACGGAAGGUUGCCUUUUCUUUCCUCCACCAUUCAGACUUUCAAACCAAAUCUGUAAAGAAAGUCUAGAUAUAAUCACUGAUUUUAUGGAAUUUAAAUGAUCAUUCUUAGGUAGGUUAUUUACCAUUUCAUCCAUCUUGGUAGACCAACGCGUAGUCUUUAAAAAAGACAAGUAUUUUCUUCAGUUCGUAACUAUUGCUGGAAAAUAGUGUACUUUUUUCUAUUAUCAUUACGUUUAUUUCCUACAAUCAUGGCAUCAUUUUACUGUAAAAAAAAUUUACAAUAAAAAUGUUACUGAAUAUGCUGCAGUGUUAAAGUCUUCCUGAAGACAAGUACACUCCAAAUUCUUGAUUCUUUUUACUUAAUUCUUAAAGUGUUAUGUGCUGCCAGAAAAUUUAGUCAGUACUUGUACAAAUCCUGCCUUUGCACUACAGACACUAAUAAUUAUAAAGAGACUGACAAGACAGAAAGAAGGGAAGAAUUUCAUACAGUGUGACAAUUUUUACUGUUUUACAAAUAAUUGUCUAUGCAAAGUGCACACCAUUCAGUGCUCCUUUUGCAUAUGGAUUCAGCAAAAUGCAUAAAUGUUGGUUACCACACAGAAUCAGGGUGGUAAUAGUUCAAUAAACUUAACUUUGUAAGUAAAUAAUUGAUACCGCAAUAUCCACCAGAUACUUAGCAUCAAAUAUGUAAACCAUACUGAUCUGAUCUGUUCCAUGAAUUUAUACUGUGUUUUGUUGUUUUUUUUACUGGAAUUAAGUUUGUAGAUGGAAAUGUUUGUAAAGAAAAUGAAGUGUUUGUAAAGUACUAAAUCUGUGUGUUUUUAGCUGGAAAAUGACAUCACUCUUCCAAAGAGUUGUAAACUACUUAAACAUGGUUUAGUUCGACCCUGUAAAAAAAAAAGCAAAGGCACAACUGGAAGGUACCAAAAUGAGUACAUUGAAUGCAGCAACUUCGUGACAAGAAAUGAGGCUCAAUAUGUAGAGAUGCCUCUCAAGUAAUUUUCAACUUUUGGGAGUGUUUAAGGAACCAAAGCAACAUAAACACAUUUGAAGGUUCUGUAAAUUGGUGCUUGACUGCCCAACAAGAAAGUGUCUUGCCAGUUGUUUCCUUUCAGCCUCUUUUAAAGAAAAUUAUUUGAUUCCUUCAAACAUUCCUAGCGAUAUAUACUAAUAUACUGAUAAAAAAGUAACAACCAUUAACAUUUUAAUUCACAUGGUUUUAGCUUUUUAAAUGUGAAACUGGUACAUUGUUGUGUUUUCUGUAAAAUAAGGAAGUAUUGUAUUUUAUGGCUUUAUAAUAAAACUUAAUACUUUAUGAAUUUUGACUUCAUGACUUUUUUUCUGCCAAGGUAAUGGGAUAUUUAAUAAAAAAAGAAACCAUUUUCUUUCACAAGG